GUUAAAACCCCCCUUCCACGGUACAUACUUCUCCCCCAAUCGUCCUCCGAAAGGACUCUCUGUAUAUAUUUCACCAGUUCGAUUUCAAACAUCUGUUUCCUUCUGAUCUCUCUUCUCCCGAGAAUCUUCUUCGCCGCAGUGGGAAGUUUUAAAUGGAUCCCUCCAUAGUCAAGCUCCUUGAAGAAGACGAGGAUGAAUCUAUGCACUCGGGAGCUGAUGUUGACGCGUUCCAAGCUGCUCUGAAUCGAGACAUCGAAGGUUCUAUGUCGACUUCGCAGCCGUCUGUGACGAACAUCGGAAGCGAUCAUCCUUCAAGCCAGGGAUUAGCAACUUGGAAGAAUGGGAUUGGAGAUGUUAAUACCAACCUCCAUAGACAGCACAGCCUAGAGAGCACUCAGAUGAUGGAGCACCAAGGAUCAGCCAUAGAUAAUCAGCAUCGAAAUGAUAUUAAACAGGUGAAUGAACCCCAUUUACAGCAUAGCCAGCCUCCAGACCAUCGUCAACCAGGUCAACUGGGGGAAAAGCCUCCCCAGGUUCCCCAAACGACUGGUUUGCAGGUUUCUGAAAAGAAUCCUCUUUCUAAUGAACCUGAGAGAUCACAUAAUCAAGAGAGUGAAUCUCAGUACCUGAGAUUGCAGAAGUUGAGUAGCCAACAGGCUCGUGCAGUGGAACAGCCAGUUAAUCCUAUGAAUCGUGGCCCUAAGCAAGUGCCAUUUGGCGUAUUGCUGCCGACCUUAGUGGCCCAACUCGAUAAAGAUAGAGCAAUGCAGCUCCAUACCCUGUAUGCUAGACUCAAGAAUAAUGAAAUUCCAAAAGAUGGAUUCGCACGGCAUAUGAAAGAUAUUGUAGGUGAUCAGAUGCUGAGGUUGGCAGUUAGCAAACUGCAACAGGGCAAGAUGGGAAUUCAAGCUCCAGUACGCCCAAGCCAUCCCGGAGUGCCAUCAACUAAGGCUGCUGCAGAAAUCGGUGCUAAAAAAUCUCAGUCCGAUCCUCGUGGAAUCCAUGUAAACCAAAUGUCUUCAUCAGCUUCAGGCGUCUUAAGCACUGCAGCUCCUGUUCAAGGGCUUAACAAGCAUCCACAGCAGCACAUGCAACUUCCAUCAAGUUCUUUUCCUAUGUAUGGAAACAGUUCUGGUACUUUUAGCCCAUAUCCUGGAUCAAACAUCAACACUUCCGGCUCAUCUAUCAGACCGCAGCUGCAUAGCGCCCAAAUGAGACAGUUGGCAAACAAUCCAAGUUUAGGAUCAAAUACUUUUGGAGGGUCAACCCCGUCUACAACAAAUAUGAUGACUAUGCCGAAGUUUGAGAGACCAACUUCUGUAAAUGAUCCAAACAGGAUUCAGGGCGGCUCUAUAUCUCAUUUCCAGAGCAAUUCACCCAUGCCUUUAAGUUCUGUUACUUGGCAAGGAUCAGUGACAAAGGAUCAGGCAUCUGGCCCUUUGUCAUCAAUGUCCCAUGUGAAGCAGGAAUUAGUUGAUCAGAGUUUCGAACAGAAACCUCAUGUGUCAAUGCCACAGGGUCUACCUUCUGUAUCAGUUGACCAGAACAGUGCAACUCCAGGGGUUUUGAAGGAUGACUUGGAGAAGCAAACUUCAAGAAUGGUUUUAGGCUUGCCUGGGAACAUGGUGCAUACAAGCUCUAUUACUCCCUCAACAACACAGCUGGAUUCCACCCCCAUGCUGAAUUCUCGUGCUCUGCCUGGGACCUCUCCAGCAGCGAAUAUUGUCAAAACCCCACCAAAAAAGCCCUCAGUUGGUCAGAAGAAACCUCUUGACACAUUAGGUUCUUCACCACCAAGCAAGAAGCAAAAAAUAGUCGGGGCGUCUUUAGAUCAAAGUAUUGAACAGCUUAAUGAUGUCACUGCAGUUAGUGGCGUCAACCUCAGGGAAGAAGAGGAACAGCUAUUCUCUGGCCCUAAGGAGGAUAGCCAUGCUUCUGAAGCAUCUCGAAGAGCUGUGCAGGAAGAGGAAGAAAAAUUGAUUCUGCAGAAGAAUCCGCUGCAGAAAAAACUGGCUGAAAUUAUGGCAAAAUGCGGUUUGAAGCAUAUAAGCAACGAUGUCGAACGGUGUUUGUCCUUGUGUUUGGAGGAAAGGAUGCGUGGACUAAUAUCUAAUAUAAUCAGGUUGUCCAAGCAGCGGGUUGAUGCUGAGAAAUCUAGACAUCGGACUGUUAUCACAUCAGAUAUCCGGCAACAAAUCAACGAAAUGAAUCAGAAGGUGAACGAAGAAAGGGAGAAGAAACAAGCCGAGGCAGAAAAGCUCAAGAAAAUGAAUGAACCCGAAGGUGAUGGUGGAGUCGAUAGUGAGAAGGAUAAAGAAGAUAGUCGUUCAAAGCUGCCAAAGGCGAACAAAGAGGAAGACGAUAAAAUGAGAACCACGGCUGCGAACGUUGCUGCAAGAGCAGCUGUCGGAGGAGAUGACAUGGCAUCGAGAUGGCAACUCAUGGCAGAGCAAGCUCGCCAGAAACGCGAGGGAGGAGCCGAUGGUACAUCUACUUCUCUAUCCGUUAAAGACGGAAAUAAAAAAUCUGCUUCAGCGGCAGGAAGGAACUCCAAGGAUGGUCAGGAGGGAGGACGGCGUGGCUCUGCAACAGGGGCUGGCAGGAAAUUAGGCAAGAACCAAGGUUCGACAACUGCUCAUCCGAAGGUGGUCCGUGCGAUCUCAGUUAAGGACGUUAUCGCUGUACUGGAAAGAGAGCCUCAAAUGUCGAAGUCGACUCUAGUAUACCGUCUGUACAAUAGAAUCAGCUCCGAGGGUUCACCCGAAAGAACAUAAGGUUUGCAAGAAAAGUCCGAAGAACGGCUGCAAAACCCCGCAUUUGGUAAUCCCGCCCGGCUACGGGAUGUAAGUUCCGAUAUCGCAGGAGAUUCCCGGCGGUCGGAAAAAGGUCACAAAGGCGUUACAAGCUGACUUGAUGGCUUGUGAUCCUGACGAGGUAAUCUGCAGAACUUCACAAAGUGUUUUUUUGUUUGUUUGCUUUGAUUGAUGGUAGUGUCGCAUUGUAUCAAAUUGUAUAGACUUUACGAUGGAGAAUUAUGAUAAAUAUCGCCGUUUAGUGGGAGGGAAACUAAGAUUUAGAACCGUAGACUAAUGUUAACCUCAACAUUAUUAUUGUUGCAAAUCUAUAUCUCGAUAUUUUCUUUA